AUGUGGCUCUACCUGGUGGCCCUCAUGGGCCUGUUCUACCUUGUGCACUGGUACCGGGAGAGGCAGGUGGUGAGCCACCUCCCAGACAAGUACGUGUUCAUCACCGGCUGCGGUGCUGGUAUUGGGAACCUGCUGGCCAGACAGCUGGAUGAGAGAGGCUUGCGGGUGCUGGCUGCGUGUCGAACACAGAAGUCAGCAGAGUAGCUGAGGGACCAGACGUCAGACAGGCUGGAGACAUUUGUCCUGGAUGUCACCAAGACAGAGAGCGUCACUGCAGCUGCCCAGUGGGUGAAGGAGCGUGUGGGGGACAAAGGACUCUGGGACCUGGUGAAUAAUGCUGGCAUCUGUCUGCCCACGGGCCCCACUGAGUGGCUGACCAAAGAGGACUUUGCGACCAUCCUGGACGUGAACCUGUUGGGGCUGAUCGAUGUGACUCUGAACCUGCUGCCCUUAGUGAGGAAGGCGAGGGGCCGUGUGGUCAAUGUCUCUAGCAUCACAGGCCGGAUAUCAACUUGUAGCAGAGGCUACUGCAUCUCCAAGUUCGGUGUAGAGGCCUUCUCAGAUUCUCUCAGAAGGGAUCUCUCCUACUUUGGAGUGAAGGUGGCUGUGCUCGAACCUGGUUAUUUCAAGACCAAGAUGACUUGCACUGAGACAUACUCACCAGGCAUCCAGAAGUUAUGGGAGCAGAUCAGGCCAGAGAUCAAGGAGCUCUAUGGCGAGAAGUUUCUGACAUCCUACAUCAAGAAACUAUCAGAAGCAUUUUUGUCAAAAUGCAGUAUGAAUCUGUCCUUGGCAACAGACUGCAUAGAGCACGCACUGACCGCCUGCCACCCUCGCACGCGCUACUCUGCGGGCUGGGAUGCCAAGCUUUUCUACAUCCCUAUGAGCUACAUGCCCACCUUCCUGUUGGAUGCCUUGCUGACCUGGGAUUCUCCGAGGCCAGCCAAGGCCCUGUGA